AUGAGUUCACGUAAAUUAAGUGGAGCUCAACGAAGGAAACUUCUUAGGGAGGAGGAAGAGAAAUCUAAAGAAUUGUUGAAAAAAGUUCCAAAACUAGACAAUUAUUUUAAAAUUGCACCCAAAACUAGUGAGACGAAUGUAAUACAGCCACAUAUGGAAGAUGAAGAAUAUGACCAUAAUAAUGUAAUAACAUCUUCAUCUACAUCAGCAACAGGGACGUGGUCGGAAAAUUCAGAUAAAAAUGCGAUUGUCACUGCCAUAAACAAUGUUGUUACUGUUGGUGAAGAAUGUAUUCAAUUUAAAUACUUUCUAAAAGCUUUGAAGGAAGAAAACAAAGAAGAAAACUACAAUAUGGCUAAGAUACUACAAGUUCUGAGAAGACUUAAAAUAGCAAUAUAUUCAAUUAUCGACACUGCUUUAAAAAAUUUUUUGACAAUACCAACAACUAAUGUUACCAGAGAGAGGUCGUUUUCAACACUACGUAGAGUCAAGAACUAUUUGAGAAAUAGUUUAUCUGAUUCGAAGACCAGCAAUUUAGCUUUAUUGUGCAUUGAGAGUGAACUUGUCGACUCUCUAGAUGAAGACGAUAUUAUAUCGCUUUUUAUUUCAAGCAAAUUAAGAAAGACACUUUAA